AUGGUCCUGGCUGUUACUCCAGCUAACACGGGCCUGGCCAACACUGAGGCGCUCAAACUGGCCAAGGACGUCGACCCUCAAGGACAGCGGACCAUAGGGAUCACUAAGUUACAUCUGAUGGACGAGGGAACAGAUGUAUUGGAUUGUAUCUCAUGGAGACACAGCUUACACACCUUUUUACUCAUCCACUCCUCUCCUCUUCUCUCCUCUCCAGGUUACAUUGGGGUGGUGAAUCAUAGUCAGUAGGACAUUGAUGGGAGGAAAGACAUGAAGGCAGCUCUGGCUGGAGAGAGGAAGUUCUUCCUGUCUCACCCUGCAUACAGACACAUGGUUGACAGCAUGGGUACCGCGCCUCUGAAGAAUGUUUCUUUCUGGGUGUGUGUGCAGCAACUGACCAACCACAUCCGAGACAGUCUAAAAGCGUUCUGCAGUCGUCUCCAGAGCCAGCUCCUACCGCUGGAUGAAGAGGCUAAGGAGUUCAAACACUACAGAGCUGACGACCCCGCACGCAAGACCAAGUCCCUGCUACUGCUGGUGCAGCAGUUUGCAGCAGACUUUGAGAAGUGUAUCGAGGGCUUAGGAGACCAGGUGGACACCAUAGAACUGUCUGGAGGAGCCAAGAUCAACCGCAUCUUUCACGAACGCUUCCACUUCGAACUGGUCACGAUGGAAUCUGAUGAGAGGGAGUUGCGACGGGAGAUCAGCUAUGUCAUCAAGAACAUCCACGGCAUCAGAACGGGUUUGUUUACCCCAGACCAGGCGUUUGAGGCCAUAAUGAAGAGACAGAUAGUCAAGCUGAACGAUCCCUGUAUUAAAUGUGUGGACAUGGUCCACCAGAAGCUGAUCACCACUGUGCGCUGAUGCACCACCAAGGUAUCCACUGCUCCUAAACUAGGAGAGGAGACGGAGAGAAUUGUGACCACACACAUCCGGUACAGAGAGAGUUGAGCUAAAGACCAGGUCCUGCUGCUAAUCAAUGUACAGUCGGCCUACAUCAACACUAACCAUGAAGACCUCAUUGGCUUCGCUAAGUUCUCCCUGGUUAGUUCUCACUGUCUGUGUCUUCUGGUCAUCAUAUGUGUGUUGGACAUGAUGAUUAAAUGGAGAAAAAUGGUCAGCUGUGAGAGUGACUGUAGGCUUGAGAUCAGGGCCUUUAUUCAGACCAAUAAGAAGAACGCUGCAGGAAACCAGUCCCUCUCCAUGCCCCUGACCGCUGACCCCUCUCUACAGGUCAUCCGUAAGGGCUGGCUUACCAUCAACAGUAUCAUCAAGGGUGGGACCAAGGAGUACUGGUUUGUCCUGACCGCUGAGAGCCUGUCCUGGUUCAAGGAUGACAAGGAGAAAGAGAAGAAGUACAUGUUACCAUUGGAUAACCUGAAGCUGAGAGGUGUGAAGGGCAGCUUCAUGUCCAGUAAACAUGCCUACUCCAUCUUCAGCACCGAACAGAGGAACGUGUAUAAGGACUACGGGUUCCUGGAGCUGGCGUUUGGCUCUCAGGAGGAGGUAGACAGCUGGAAAGCUUCUCUGCUGAGAGCCGGAGUCUAUCCUGAGAAAGUCACUAUUGAUAAGGAGAGUAAUGGUUCUAGUGAUAGUUUCUCUAUGGACCCUCAGUUGGAGCGUCAGGUAGAGACCAUACGGAACCUGGUGGACUCCUACAUGAACAUCGUUUACAAAGCCAUUAGAGACCUCGUGCCCAAGACCGCCAUGCACCUCAUGGUCAACAACGUAAAGGAGUACAUCCGUAAUGAUCUCCUGGUGCAGCUCUACUCUCUAACAGAGAACUGUCCAUUCCUCUACCUCCUCCUGUUGACUCCUUCUGGCUGCAUGGAGCCCCUGCGACCAGCCGCAGGUAACACACAAACACACAUGGGUGCACACAUAUCAUAACGCUAACCAC